GUGGCGGCCAGCAGGGUGAGCUGUGGGUUUGUUUAGCUGUAACCGCCAUUAAACAAAAGGAUCUCGAGUGCUGUGAGCUCGUAGCCCGAAAGACAUCACUGGGACAGGCCGGGGCCUGAGGGCAAGGGGAGGACCAGGAUCAAGACAGGCCAAGAGCGGCCAGGGUGUGGAUCAGGCCAGGGUUUGUCAACAUUGAAACCGGGACAAGAAUCCAAACAGGACGAGUGCCAACCCUGAGUCCGGGCACAGGAUCAGGAGAGGCCGAGCCCGGGAGCACUGAGCCCGGCUAACACAUCAGGAAAGACCGGGGCUCUGGUGGGAUAUGAUGUUUCCCCAAAGCAGCAGCCGGCACUCGGUGAGGCCUAGCAGAGUGAGAAAGAGAUUAUACAUACAUAUCGUACACAACACGAAGCCUGCAUGCACUUAUAUAAUGCUAAUUGUUCAGUAGCACCAGCUUAUAUUUUUUUUUCGUGAACUGGAUUCGCAUAUUCAGAUAGUGGCAGUGGUGAACGCAGUUAGGAACGUGUUAAAAUAAUUACAAUAAUUAGAAUUUUGAGCAAGAUGCAUACAUUUCAGUAAAUUACAAUCGAGCUAGUAUGACUGGUAGAUAUAGUGCUGUCCUCGUCAUGGUAAUUGCUCCAUAGUCAUAGCCAUGCUCUCUAUAGUCUGUGGGCGUUUUGGUGUUUUACACGUUUUAAGGUAUAUACAUGUCCAUAGAUUUAUUUAUUUUUUAAUAUCAAUCUUUCUGUCUUCGUGCAAUUAAAAUGUGAUGCAAAGGGUUUUGAUAAGGAAAACAGACUAGGUCCGAAGCAGACACUGUCUGCAUGUUUAGAGUAGGAAAUAUACACACAUUAUUUUUGUUGUGUUUUUAAUAACUAGAAGCAUAAUCAAACACUUUCCUCAAUGUAAUUGCUUUACUUCAAUUUUCGCACAGUAAGUGAUUACGGUAGUCCCCUUUCCAUAUUAAAGUUAAUUUUGGUAGCGCUGAUGUCGACAGCCUGAAUAAUGGUAGAUGAUCUCUUGUGGUGUUCCUACUAAGCUGUGAAUUCAGGUUUGUAUGUGUAUGGGAGUGGCAAAAAUGUGUUCAGUCUGACAUAUUCUCUUUGGUCCCUAGGGCUCUUCUCACUUGCCCCAGCAACUCAAAUUCACCACCUCAGAUUCUUGUGAUAGAAUUAAAGAUGAAUUCCAGCUGCUCCAAGCACAAUAUCACAGGUAAGACCAGAUUUAUUUAUUUAGAAAAUAUUUUACCAGGAAGGAUACAUUGAGAUUUCUCUCCUUUUAAGUAUGUCCUGGGUUCACAAAACAUUGCAUUGAUACAAUAGGGUACAAUAAAAUACAAAAACAAUAUUAAUACACAAUAUAUACAAAAUUUAACAUAGAACAGGUAACAAACGUGUAGAUUUAACAUAUAACAACAAGAAACAUUUACAACCUCAUUAUACCUUAUAACAGACUUACACUAAUGUUCUAUCAGAUCCAUAAUAUACAGUAUUGUUGCAUUCUAAACUUCUGUAUUGCACUUAUAAAGCUUUUACUGCUUUCUUGCAGUUUUUAUUUUCUUUUACACUCUUGUAACUUUAGGGAAUUCCUACACCCCACCACUGAAUUAUUUUCCUAGCAUCAUCAUUCUCUUAUUGUUUUCCCUAUGGUUUCAAUACUGAUGAAAUGCAAAAAAAAAACAUUUAAGGGUUAUAGUGGUUAUGGUUCCUCUCCUCCAGUAUAAGAAGUCAAUCUGUUUUAGCAUGAUUGCUGUUUGCUGCUCCCUGCCUCCUCUCCGCUACUAGGAGAGUCAGAACCUCAUGCUUAGGAGCUUCCAUUAUCUGUCCUGCGGUAAGCGCUUCAGUGCAAGGCCAGUACAUUGGCUGAGACUGUCAGCCAAACACUUCUCACAAAUAAGCUAAACCCUGCACCGCCAGGCUUAGUUCUGACAUAGUGCUUACGACCGUCCUGAAGGCUGCAAUAGAGGUAGUGAGCAACGCCCUUGCGGAAUGCACAUAAGCAAUGGCUAUAGAAAUUGACAAAAGUUGAUAGAGAAGCUCAGCCUUUUGUUAACUUUUCUCUACUUCCAGCACAAUCAAAAUUAGUUUUUCUUAUCUGUAUAUUGCUGUGAGAGAGCCGCUUUAAAAGUAUAUACAGGGCUAGUUUUAUUUAUCAGUAUUUGUUAUUGAGGUGAUUGCAUAAAAAUGCAGAGUAGGCAUAGCAAGAAACGUCAAUGCAAAAUUCAAAUUGUCUCAGUUGCACAAAACCGGUCCGUAACUAAUUUUAAAAAUAAAAAUCAGAGGCAUAUAUAGGUGGAGUAGUUGUGCAGGACUAAACUGUAAGAUACAAAGUUUUAUAAGCGUGUAGUCAAAAUGAAUAACUCAGGAGGACCAUGCUGGAAAAAAAUAACAGAAAAGUAAGAGAUAAACAUUUGAACAAUUGGAAAGAAAAGUAACCGCUACACUGAUCUGUGCUUUAAUUGAAGUAAGGUGAUUGUCCAGAGAGCUAUUCAGCUCCUUGGUGGGAGGUGACUGAUGCAGGGACCAGUCAACUCACAGCCACUAGGUCUAAAACUUGAAAGAGCCAUGACUGAUCACAAACCUGCCUCCAGGGUGACUUGCUGGCGAAAAACACUGUGCUUACCCGUCAACACAUCAAGAUCUGUCCCAGAUAUGCAUCUUAAAGGGACACUAUAGUCACCAGAACCACUACAGCUUAAUGUAGUGGUUUUGGUGUCUAUAGCAUGUCCAUGCAGGCUUUUCAAUGUAAAUUCCUGCAUGGACAGUGUUUACAUUUCUGCUUAGGAAAACCUCUAGUGGUGGGGGGAUGGGGCUAAUUUAACACUAAAGUGUUAAGAAUCAUGUUUGUAUUCAUGACACUAUAGUGCUCCUUUAAUGAAAGCUGUACUGAGUUAUGCUGAUAGAUCUUUGCAGCUUUCUCGUUCAGGGCCCUCUAGGAAUGGAAGUUGUGCAGGGGAAUAAUGCGUUCAGCGUUCUCCAGGGACAUAAAGUGGCAUCCAAGUUGCUCAGAUUUUCUCUGCUUAACUUUAGUGGGAAUGGCGGCCAUUUUUGGACAAUAGAGUAGGUAUGGUGCAGGCUAGAAACUGAAUUGCAAGGUCAAAUUGUAGAGAGAGACAAACAAGCUGCAGAAUAAGUGAGUAUAAACCGGGAAAACCACCGGGGGUGGGGGGCGCAGCGCUUGUAAAAUACGUGAAUUGUGUAAAAGUAAAGAAUCGACCGCCUCCCUCUCUUUGAGUAGAUAUCCCUUCGUAAGAUCCAGAACAACACCCUUUGCGUCUGCAAUAAGUUAAAAAAAAAAAAAAAGAGGUAAAUAAUUUUGACUUGUGCUGUAUGCUCUGUUUUGGUCAUAGCUGAGGAGCUCUUUUAACCUGUGCCCUGCUCUAUUGGUAGUCAGCCACCACCUGUUUUAUUGUUGUUUUUUUACCUCCUGACCAUACUACUCUCUUAUCUAUGUAGAGAAUUUUGUAAUAUGAAUUUUGUAAUCUCAUGUGUGCCUGUCUUUUUUCUAUUUUAGUUUGAAGCUGGAAUGUGAUAAACUGGCCAGUGAGAAAUCUGAGAUGCAGAGGCACUAUGUCAUGGUAAGUUCUGAACCUGUACACCUAAUGGAGAAUGUAAUGGGGAUAUUAUUUUUGUGAAGAUACAAAAGUGAGCUAAUCAACCCCCUAUCCAACAAUGUUUCAACACACACACAAACACAUAUUCGUAGGCUUUCCAUUAUAUUGAACCUUUACUUUAAUGAUCUCUAUAGUUCCUCCUAAAUAUUUGGUAUGUUAAAAUUGCAGUUAAAUGUAAUGGCUGGAACCAUCAACACACAUAGAACCACAUUCUGAUGGAUCUGCCAUUUUAAGUCAGCCUUCGACCGAAGGCAGAUUUUUUUUAACUUCAGAUCCCCUGUUGCAGAAAAAAAAUAAAUUAUUGGUGGAUUAGCUCAGAUCUUAGAAAGUGACUUAAGGGAACCGUCGAGCAGCAUAACAACUUAGUUGAAAUAGGUUCUUGGUGCCAGCUUACCUUGAGGAGAUAAAUGUUCAUAAAUGGUUUAAACCCAGAGUCUUCUCUCCAGCACUGCUUAACUCUCCCCUUGUCCUUCUGCAUAUCUGAGACAAUUCAAACAAGAAUCCUCAGACUCCUGCAGACAGGGGAUCUGCUGUUUUGCUGAGAGCAUAUGCUGACACUCUAAGCCAGGUGUAGGCAACAUUUGGCACUCUAGAUGUUGUGGACUACAUCUCCCCUGAUGCUUUGCCAGUAUUAUGUGUGUAAGAGCAUUAUGGGAGAUGUAGUCUACAACAUCUGGAGUGCUGAAGGUUGCCUACCCAUGCUGGCAUAGCCAAAUGGUGCUAGAGAAAAGACUCUGGGAUUAAAAAGAUUUAAGGUGUCCAGAUAUCCAGAGUGUGUGUGUAUAUAUAUAUAUAUAUGUGUGUGUGUGUGUGUAUAUGUAUGUGUGUGUGUGUGUAUAUAUAUAUAUAAAAUAUAUAUAUAUAUAUAUAAUUUUUUUUUAAUUAUUAUUUAUUUAUUUAUUUAUUUAUUUACACAUUGUAACAUAUAUUUUUGCUUCCAGUGCUGUGUUCUGUGAUGUUUGCUAAUGAAACUACUCCUUGUACGUGGAUUCAUAGGGAUUAAAGGACCACUAUAGUGCCAGGAAAACAUACUCGUUUUUCUGGUACUAUAGUGCCCUGAGGGUGUCCCCACCCUCAAGGUCCCCCUCCCGCCCGGCUCUGGGGAGAGGAAAGGAGUUAAAACUUACCUUUCUCCAGCUCUGGGCGGGGAGCUCUUCUCCUCCUCCUCCUCUCCUCCCAUUCGUCUGAAUGCGCACGCGCAGCAAGAGCUGCGCGCGCAUUCAGCCGGUCUCAUAGGAAAGCAUUUACAAUGCUUUCCUAUGGAUGCUUGCGUGCUCUCACUGUGAUUUUCACAGUGAGAAUCACGCUAGCGGCUGUCAAGGAGACAGCCACUAGAGGCUUUGAAGACUGGAUUAACCCAUUUAUAAACAUAGCAGUUUCUCUGAAACUGCUAUGUUUAUAAAAAAAAAAAAUGGGUUAACCCUAGCUGGACCUGUUACCCAUUAAGCUGAAGUGGUGUGGGUGCCUAGAGUGGUCCAUUAAAUAUUAAGAAUUGUGUGUUAACUUGGAUGUAUGAAUACUAGAAAAUUAAAAUACUGGUUAUUUUUUAGUUGCAUAAACAAGUGAAUAUGUAUGUGGAUCAAAAUCUGAACGGUGAUUCUGUAUAAACGGUUUGGGAGCAAAGUUCUGAAAGUGACGCAGUCAGCAGUUACAUUUGCUUGUUUUACUUGGUAAUUGCUCAGUUUUUAGCAUUUUGUCUUAGGGUUGUUCUCUAUAAGUCUGUUAAGUCAAAAAAAUCUCUCUAUAUCUAUAUCUCUAUCUAUCUCUCAAAAGAGUAUCAUAUGUGGUUUCCCUUACAUUUUGACUUGAAAACUCAGAAAUAACCAGUAUUUUAAUUUUCUAGUAUUCAUACAUCCAGGUUAACACACAAUUCUUAAUAUAAUAUUCAAUGUUGAAAGAUUUAGUUUUUUUUUUUUAAAAACACCUAAUCUAGGCAAAAAUAAUGGGGGUUUAGUUACAUUAUAUGAUCAUACAUUGCAAAAGCCUGCCACAACAUCAAUGUACCCCAUCUUUGGCAGGAUGGAUAUAUAUAUAUAUAUAUAUAUAUAUAUAUAUAUAUAUAUAUAUAUAUAUAUAUAUAUAUAUAUAUAUAUAUAUAUAUAUAUAUAUAUAUAUCUUUCUCUUUUCUCUCUUUUCUCUCUUUUCUCUCUUUUCUCUCUUUUCUCUCUUUUCUCUCUUUUCUCUCUUUUCUCUCUUUUCUCUCUUUUCUCUCUUUUCUCUCUUUUCUCUCUUUUCUCUCUUUUCUCUCUUUUCUCUCUUUUCUCUCUUUUCUCUCUCUUUUCUCUCUUUUCUCUCUUUUCUCUCUUUUCUCUCUCUUUUCUCUCUCUUUUCUCUCUCUUUUCUCUCUCUUUUCUCUCUCUUUUCUCUCUCUUUUCUCUCUCUUUUCUCUCUCUUUUCUCUUUUCUCUUUUCUCUUUUCUCUUUUCUCUUUUCUCUUUUCUCUUUUCUCUUUUCUCUUUUCUCUUUUCUCUUUUCUCUUUUCUCUUUUCUCUUUUCUCUUUUCUCUCUCUUUCUCUCUUUCUCUUUUUCUCUCUUUUCUCUCUCUUUUCUCUCUCUUUUCUCUCUCUUUUUUUCUCUCUCUUUUUCUCUCUCUUUUCUCUCUUUUCUCUCUCUUUCUCUUUUCUCUUUUCUCUUUUCUCUUUUCUCUUUUCUCUUUUCUCUUUUCUCUUUUCUCUUUUCUCUUUUCUCUUUUCUCUUUUCUCUUUUCUCUUUUCUCUUUUCUCUUUUCUCUUUUCUCUUUUCUCUUUUUUCUUUUCUCUUUUCUCUUUUCUCUCCAAAUAUGGGAUACAUUGACAUUGUGGCAGGCUUAUGGAAUAUAUGAUCAUAUAAUGUAACCAAACCCCCAUUAUUUAGAUCUGUAAAAUUUGACAUCCUUGUUUAGUGUGUGUGCGCUAAGUGGAUAGAAGGAUAGAAGUGUGUGCGCUAAGUGGAAGAAGGGGAGCAAAGCCAGUGAUCCACUCAUAGACCGCUAUUUCAUUGCUAAUGCAAAUCAUCAGCAUGAGAUUGGUUACUGGUUUGCUAUUGAGGCUUGGUAGUGCUUGGGAAGAAAAAACCCAAAAGGUUAUGGUGGGGAAAAAAUGUGAUUGAAAACCCCUUCCACCUGAAGUCUGUGGAUAGUCAAUACAAUGUUAAACAAAAAUCUGCACACCAGUCAAGCCAUAAGUCUUUUUCCACAUAAAUCACAAAUUUGCAGUGGUUACUACCACAAAAGGAUUCUGGGUGGGCAUAUGCAAAUUAGUUUAACAAAGAAUCAAAUUUUUGCCUCAUUCAAUUUUAAACAUAGAUUCAUUUGUCUGUGUUUGCUGUAUACAACAGCUUUGAAACACAACUUAGGAAAAGAUGCAACGCUAGUGAACCACUUAUGAACAGCGGUUUCAUUGUUAAUGUAAAUCAUCAGCAUUAGGUUUGUAACUGGUUUGCUAUUGAGGCUUGGUAGAGCUUGGACUACUAUAACAUUCCAAAGACAAGCUUUUGAGUUUUCCUCCGGUCUGAAGCAAUACUGAUCAAUUUGAUCAAGUUUAACACUUAAAGGGAUCCUAUAGUGCCAGGAAAACAAACCCGUUUUCCUGGCACUAUAGGCUCCUGGAGUGCUCCCUUCCCACUGGGCUGAAGGGGCCACUUACCUGAAUUCGGCGCUGGGUCAGGCGCCCCGUCAGCCGGCGGGGGAGACCUAAUGUGCAUGAGUGGCAAUGGUUUCCUAUGGUUAAAAUCUGACGCUGGAUUUCGGUCAGAUAACGGACCAAAAGUCAGUUUGGGUUCCGGAAGCCCUCUAGUGGCUGUCUGGUAGAGAGCCACAGAGGGCAGACUUAAAGCUGCAUGUAAAGUUAGCUGACUUAGUCUGGAAUCCUACGGUGUCCCUUUAAAACAACUGAUGUUGGGAAAAAAAUAAGGUAUCAUUGCAUACUGCAAGACUCUGGUAUUUUGGCAUCUUGUCUACUGGACUAAUACGUAUUACGGCUAAUCCAAUCUACACUACUGUGUGUGUGUGUGUGUGUGUGUGUGUGUGUGUGUGUGUGUAUAUAUAUAUAUAUAUAUUUUCUAUAUCUCUGGCACUCACCAUCAAUAGGUAUAUUUAAAUCCAAUAAUACCCGGGUGCUUCCAGCGCUCAAAUAGACCACAAAUAACAGGAGCACUCCUCGGGGAUUUUUCAAAUGUGAAUUAAGCAAACAUCAACGUUUCGACCCUCCUGGGUCUUUAUCAAGAUCAAUAACAAGACAUAAAAUACCUCAAUAUGUAUCAAACAAUAAAUAAGUGACCUACCAAAGGUGUGUGUGAUAGUGCCCGUCAGUGCUCCCGAACCCAGAAGUGAUUAACCAUGUGCGCAUUCUCAGAAUAGCGUGAUGCAUGCGUUGACGUCAUCGGUAUUGACUGCCUACCUGCAGAAAUGAAUUAACCCUAAUGUGCCCAGUGCUCGAGACGUGAAUCCUCCACCACCUAUGCAGUGAUAGACAUUAAAAUCAGCAUAAUGUUCCGACCAGAGUGUGCCAUGCUGGAGUGCUUGGUAUAUAAUAUCAGUACCGUAUAAACACAAUCACUGAUAUACAGCCCUAAUGGGUAGAUGAGCAGCUUAUACAGAGUAGCAGGAUCAGUGGACAACACGUAAAACAUAAAAAAGUUAAUGACAUCCAUAGAUCAAAAUAGGACAGAAUGUAAAUGUAAAUGGAGAAAGACCAAGUUGAGAGAGAAUGUGUAUAGAGUGUGUGCAAAGUGGAAAAAGGAGAAAUAUAAAUCAGAAAGCAAGUGAAGCAAAAAAAAACAGUGCAUACAGCACAGCAAACCACGCAGAUCUCUUGAUCUCCCCUGUUGGCCUUGGCCCAUGGCCAUCGCGGCCCACCGGGCAUUUGCCCGAUUGCCAGUCUGGGCCUGAUAGUGUUCCUCUGCCUCUUCUGCAUCCACCUGCAAGACUAAAAUGGUUAAAUAACCCUCUAAACACUCAACUUAUUCCAGUGCCAAGUCCUUCGGCGUUUGCUCUGUCUCCACCUCGUCUGGGGAACCUAAUGUACGUAGGUGGUGAGCACCACACGCGCAUUAAUCCGUCUCCAGUAGGAGGGUAUUGAAUCGAUGCUUUCCUAUGGGGAUUUAGAAGACCCCGAACGUCCUCAUGCAAAGUCUUAAAGGAACACUAUAGUCACCAGAACAAUUAUAGCUUAAUGUAGCUGUUCUGUUGAGUAGAAUCAUUCCCUUCAGGCAUUUUCAUGUAAACUCUAAAAAGGCAGUGUUUACAUUGCUCCCUAGGGACACAUCCAGCGGCCCCUUCAGACAGCCACUGGUGGUGCUUCCUGGGGCAGUGCUGCAUAGUGUGCAGCACUGCCAUUCAACAUCUCCACACUUUGCAUGUAGAAACUGAAUUUUUAUCAUAGAGAUGCGUUGAUUCAGUGCAUCGCUAUAAAGGAGGUGCUGACUGGCCAAGCUGGCGUUUUGCCCCGCGUUCAUCCCACCUCCUUGCUUAUUUCAGCCAUCCAAUGCUUUUCCUACGGUGACGGGCCAGCGCCAGCUGACCUUCGCGGUGCUGGAAAUAAUUUCUUUUUUUACCUUUUCAGGGAGUUAAGGGGGAGGGGGAGCAAGCCACCUAAAUGGUGGUUUUAAAACUAUAAGGUCAGGAAUACAUGUUUGUGUUCCUGACCCUAUAGUGUUACUUUAAGGCAAAAGGUACCGUGCACUAAACUCAUCAAUGAAAUUAAGGGCUCUGGGUACCUGUAAUGUCCCUUUAAACUUGGAUAGGAGUGUGAUUCUUGAGCUCUUUCCAAAAAUGUUUUCAGACACAUUAUACAAUGAGCGACCCCCUGCAGAACCAGCGAAAGGAGACGGGUCCAUAUUUAAAAGUCUCUUGUGAAGCCAAAAACCUUGCAACUAAUUUAGGUAUGCCUUUAGUUUAUCCCCUUGGAGAAUGCUCCUUUUCCCCACUCCCUUUGUUCAGGGCAAUUAGCUCUUUAAUUAUGACUGCCAAGAUGUGGCUGCAGAUGGUUAAGCAACCAGCAAUGCUCCAGCUCUAUAUUAACCCCUGAGGGCAUAUACAGAAACCUUCUGUUUGUAUACAGUUUAAUGAUCCUUUCCUCUUGAAAUCUACCUCUGGGGACCAUGGUAUUUAAAGCCAAAACACUCCUUCAAGAGGCAGAAUUUACAUUUGAGAAAAAAUAAUGGAAAAAAUGCCAUUCAUCUUAUUACUUUAUGAUUACAAUGCCUAUGUUAAGGGGUUAACCUAAAAAAACUGAAACCUUUUUAAUCUCUUUUGAAGGGAAACUGGUGGUUGAAUAGUGCAUAGCUGCUUGCCAAACCCCCCCCCCUCCCCCCCAACCCUUGAUCAGCCCUCCUCCCUCCUCAAGUUCCCUCAGCAGGUCUCCUGGCUUAUCCCUGUCUUGUGGGGUUAUCCCAUUCAUUUACUCUGCCAGACAGCUGCUUGUUACAGGAUGGGGUGGUAAGAGUGUGUGGAAGGGGGGGGGGGGGCUUCAAAGGGCUAGGGCACAGUGUAAAUCUGCCUAAAAAUCUUUCUGGGACUUGUAAGACAAAGAGGUCAGACACAGUGGUGGAAGAGGAGGGGGCCAGCUUUUCAGUCAGAGGACACAAUAUUUUUAACUGUGUCCUACUUAACAAGCAAAUAAAAUUUGCUGUAAGCUACACAUUGGAUGCGGUUAUCUCAAGGUUGAGCUUUUAUCCUAAAAAAAGAAACAUUAAAAGAAUACUCAAGGAAUUAAAAAAAAUACUUUAGCUACACUGAACAAAAUUACAAAAGCAAUACUUUUGUUUUUGCCCCCAUUUUUCAUGAGCUGAACUCAAAGAUCUAAGACUUUUUUUUUUCACAAUCAACAACCUGAUCAAAGGAGAUGUGUUGCACUGCGUGAGGCAAAUGGUGACAUCCCAUACUUACUGGUUUUUGGACCUCCCCCACCCCCCCCAGACGCUUCCAAUACAGUAAAACUGAACAUUUUAGAGUGGCUAGCCUAAGGCACAGCUUUGCAAUAAUCAUGCUGUCUAAUCAGCAUCUUGAUAUGCCAAACAUUCAAGGUGGAUGGUUUAUCUUGGCAAAAGAGAAGUGCUCACUAACCCAGAUUUAGACAGAUUUGCGAACAAUAUUUUAGAAAAAUAGGCCUUUUGUGUACAUAGAAAAAGUCUUAGAUCUUUGAGUUCAGCUCAUGAAAAAUGGGGGGGAAAAACAAGUGUUGCAUUUAUAUUUUUGUUCAGUGUAUUAGUGUACUUUUGUAUGUUAAAAUUUCUAAUGACCUUUCUCUUGCUUUAAGAAAAGGGGGGGAUAUAUCGGGAGUGUGUGCAUAUGUGUGUGUUUAGGUGAAGCCUGGAAUUGUGGGAGUUAUUACCUGGUCUAUUUAACCACUUAAGGACACAUGACAUGUGUGACAUGCCAUGAUUGCCUUUUAUUCCAGAAGUUUAUUCCAGAAGUUAAAGGACCACUCUAGGCACCCAGACCACUUCAGCUUAAUGAAGUGGUCUGGGUGCCAGGUCCAGCUAGGGUUAACCCAUUUUUUUCAUAAACAUAGCAGUGGGUUAAGCCUUCCCCUAUUUCCUCUAGCGGCUGCCGCUAGAGACGCUUGCGUGCUUCUCACUGUGAUUUUCACAGUGAGAGCACGCCAGCGUCCAUAGGAAAGCAUUAUGAAUGCUUUCCUAUGUGACCGGCUGAAUGCGUGCGUGCGCAUUCAGCCGACGGAGAGGAGGAGAGCUCCCCGCCCAGCGCUGGAAAAGGUAAGUUUUAACCCCUUUCCCCUUUCCAGAGCCGGGCGGGAGGGGGUCCCUGAGGGUGGGGGCACCCUCAGGGCACUAUAGUGCCAGGAAAACGAGUAUGUUUUCCUGGCACUAUAGUGGUCCUUUAAGGGGUUAAACACAGGGCACCUUCUUCUAUGGGCCACCAUGGUAUGGUUCAGAUUCAUUAUGGACCUUAAAGGACCACUCUAGGCACCCAGACCACUUCAGCUUAAUGAAGUGGUCUGGGUGCCUGGUCCAGCUAGGAUUAACCCAUUCUUUUAUAAACAUAGCAGUUUCAGAGAAACUGCUAUGUUUAUGAAUGGGUUAAGCCUUCCCCCAAAGCCUCUAGCGGCUGUCUCAUUGACAGCCGUUAGAGGCGCUUGCGUGAUUCUCGCUGUGAUUUUCACAGUGAGAGCACGCCAGCGUCCAUAGGAAAGCAUUACAAAUGCUUACCUAUGCGACCGGCUGAAAGCGCGCGCAGCUCUUGCCGCGCGUGCGCAUUCAGCCGACUGGGAGGAACGGAGGAGGAUCGGAGGCAGAGAGCUCCCCACCCAGUGCUGGAAAAAGGUAAGGGUUUUUUGUUUUUUUUUGGAGCCAGGCGGGAGGGGGUCCCUGAGGGUGGGGGCACCCUCAGGGCACUCUAGUGCCAGGAAAACGAGUAUGUUUUUUCCUGGCACUAUAGUGGUCCUUUAACUUCUGGUUCAGCCUGCUGUCGCAUUCACGAGAUUCUGCCUACAAGAUAGUGUAACGCCAAGGUUCAUCCAAACUUGUUCGGCAGCAACUAACUGUAAGUUAUAUCAUUCGUGGAGCCAAUUGAAUACAGAUUUACUCUGUCGCUAUUUAGCACACCUCAAACCACCAGUUUGUGCUAUUAUGCCUCCAACUAACAUUCUGCCAAUUUGUGUCCUAACAAGCCUAGUUUAUCCACCACAAGCCAAGCUACUCCUGUUUCCCACAGAUCAGAACACAAAGGCCUUAACGUAUUCCCGGGUCAGGCACAGAUAUGUAAAAACUUCAAUGCCUGUAGCUGCAGUUUCAGCAUUUGUAGGUUGUUGCAUGUCUGCUCCAUCUACUUCAGACCGCACACUAAAUUCAUGUCCCAAAAUAUUUUAUUCCCAAAACAUUGACUGACUGAAGUAAAAAUUGAUACCCUAGCUAUCUUCCUUAACACUCACCCCAUCACUCACUUUUUUCUCGUCAUGGGUUUCAUGGAAGGCUUUCAUACUGGUAUCAUUGCACUGCCUACCAUUCAGUGUAAUAACCUACAAUCUGACUUACAAGAUCCAGUCAUAGUGGAUACACUCUUACAAACAUUCUUUAGCUAUACUUAGCUUGAAUUCCCUAAUUCCCUUAAAAGAAUUUUCAGCCCAUUAUGCCACAGUCGACAAUGCUAUAAAAGCAAUCUUGAAAGCUGGGAAAACAGCCUGGCUAGCAAAAACAGACAUUUCCAAUAUCUUCAAGACUCUCCCCAUACGUCUGUCUCUAUGGUAUCUACACGGUAUUAAAUGGAGGGAACAAUACAUUUUCACCAACCGUCUUACAAUUGGGGCUAAGAGCAGUCCUAAACUGUUAAACAUAUUUGCUGCAACCCUGUGUUGGCGCCUCCUAAAUGUUUGUAAUUGUCCAAUUGGACCUAACAUCGUAGCCCAAGCAUCAAUAAAAGGGUUGUUCGAUUUUCUAUGCUAGGUGUGCCACUUCCACAAACAAAACCAUAGGCCCCACCACAAAGUUAAUAUUCCUUGGCAUAUGCCUUGACUCUUUGUCGAUGCAAUCCAAUCUGCCCACAGACAAGAUUCAGUGUAUAAGUGCAGAUAUAGAAUCCUUCCUUACAAAAGGAUGUUGUUCACACACAGAUCUACAUAAUCUUCUUUAUGGUUCUCGUGUUAUCUGGACUGACAUUGCAGGCCACACAGGAUUUGCACCACUAUACGAGGACAGAUGGUUCAGGGACCAAUGGCCCACAGAGAUGUUACGUUUACCCUCAUUUAACAAAAUAUAGAAACGUAGAAUGUGACGGCAGAUAAGAACCAUUCCGCCCAUCUAGUCUGCCCAAUUUUUUAAAUACUUUCAUUAGUCCCUGGCCUUAUCUUAUAGUUUAGGAUAGCCUUAUGCCUAUCCCACGCAUGCUUAAACUACUUUACUGUGUUAACCUCUACCACUUCAGCUGGAAGGCUAUUCCAUGCAUCCACUACCCUCUCAGUAAAGUAAUACUUCCUGAUAUUAUUUUUAAACCUUUGUCCCUCUAAUUUAACCACUUAAGGACACAUGACGGAAAAAUUCUGUCAUGAUUCCCUUUUAUUCCAGAAGUUGUGUCCUUAAGGGAUUAAGACAAUGUCCUCUUAUUGUGGUAGUUUUUCUUCUUUUAAAUAUGACCUCUGCCCUUUUUCGAAAUUCAUUCCUUUGUAGCCGUGGCACAUACUUGGGUGUACUUAUGGAAAGGGAAACUUAAAUAUUAUUCUGACAACAUAGCGACCUGCAGAAUUAUUCACAAAGAAAGUCCCUCUUCAUUAAUUAUAAUGAUACUGCACAUGAAACUGACAUGGCUAGCAGCAACACUUCUACCAGGUUUGCGUGUACGUCCCAGGCUGCCAUAAUACAACAGCUGAUGCCUUGUCUCGUUCUAACCUACAGCUAUUCUUCUGAACUAGUCAGUCUUAUGGUGCAUGGAAGAUCAUUAGCUCAAGUUGCCCUGUCAGCAAAUACUAGACAUUCAAACGAACGAGGACGCGCUAUUUUCAAUAACUUAAUUACCGUAUUUUAGUUCAGCAACCUGUUCACCAUCGAUACAAUGGUGGCAUUCACUUCCUAUUGCCACCUCAACCUAAAAUUAUAUUACAAUACCAUAAAACAAUCUCACAGGCUUACAAAAUCAUGUACUAAGUGUAUUUCCCAGCCCAGUCCUAUCCAAUAAAAAUAUCCUCAAAGGUAUGCAACGCUUUUCCUAAAGCUACUCAAUGUUAACCUAUCAAUGAGCCACAAUUUAGGGCACUAUCAAAGUUGGAUACUAAUCAUUUUGAAACAUAAACUAACUUAAUAAUCAAAACCGCUAUAUACAUAGCAUUCUAUGGUUUCUUACCCCUCAAUGAACUUGCCAAUGAAAAAUUUACUCGUGCAUCCCAGUGCCUCAAAAUUAAUGAUCUUACAAAAACAGGGGAUCAUUAUGCACUUACCUUGCGACAGUUGAAAACAAAUCAAAUGGGACGGCCACUUACAGGCAUACACCUACAAACAAUAAAUGGUGCCCAGUAAAAAUAAUGGAUCUGUCAUUCACUAACAAGUCAAAUUGGGGAUACACCUCUGUUACUGUUACACAGUAACCCACUCACAUCUAAAUUUAUCUUGUAUGUCUGGACACUAUUUGUUAAACUUGGCUGCCACCCUUCAUCUUUUUCAGUCUAGUCAUUUAGGAUUGGAGCAGCUUCAGCAGCAUCUAAUAAAAAAUGUCCCUGUACGCAUUAUUAAAAGACUAGGACGAUGGAAACCUAUACCAUAUAACAGAUAUAUCAGAUUUGCCAUUUUUAUUUACAGGCCUACCUGAAUGCCUGUUUCUGCACACCACAACCAACUUUCACCACAUCCUAUUAACACACUUUCCCUGCCUUUUUCCCUGACCACAAAUGUUAAAGCUGAGCUUGGAAUUGUGGAAGGGUUACCUGGCCGAUUUGAACACAGGGCACCCCUUACUAUGCAACGCCAUUUCUUGGUUCGUCCCACUCACCCCUCCCUUUAUGAAUUAUUACCUCUUGGUGGGCCUACUUUGUUUAUGGGACUACCAGAACGCUGGUUUCUGCGCACCACAACCGGCUUUCAUCACAACAAAUUAACACUCUUUCUCUGCCUUUUUCCCCUGACAAUAAAUCUAUAUAUACUGUAUUUUCUGGCGUAUAAGAUGACUUUUUAACCCUGGAAAAUCUUCUCCAAAGUCGGGGGUCGUCUUAUACGCCGGGUAUAGGGUCUAUAUGGCUGCCGGGGGCGCCCUGCGCCCCCAUCGCCGGCCCUUCUAAUGCUGCAGCCGCCUGAGCACUCUAUAGAGAACGCUCAGACGGCUGCCGCACUGCCUCUCUUCUCACCUCCCCUUCCCUGUGCAGUGUGGGUGGCCGAGCUCCUCUUCGUCCUGAGUGAGUGCUCACUUCCUUUCAGUCCGGCCGGGAACAGGUAACUGAAUCUCCUGUACCGCGCGGUACCCGGCCGGACUGACAGGACGAAGAGGAGCUCGGCCACCCACUCUGCACAGGGAAGGGGAGGUGAGAAGAAUAUAGGGAGGAUUGGGGGUGGGGGGAGUAAAAAGAAUAAAAAUAAUUAUAGGGCAUAAAGAUUAUAUGCCCAAACAGCCUGGCACAUACCUGGGCUUUAAAUGCUAUUUCAGAUUAUCAUUAUUUAAUGUCUUGCUGUACAUCAUGGCUAAUUUUUAUUUGGUGUGCAUUGGAAGAGUAGUCUUAUACGGCGAAUAUAUCCCAAACUCUAUAUUUUAACUGGAAAAGUUGGGGGUCGUCUUAUACGCCGGAAAAUACGGGUAUUUUAAAUUACUUUAAAUUUUAAUACAGCCUACAAGAAAAAUUGGUUCAUUUUAAAUCUGAUCUUACAGCAUUGAAUUUUUACUUUCGAAGUUAUCUCCUGCUCUGUUAAUUGAACUUUGAUCACACAGAAGACUCUUGCAUGCACUGAAUAGAGCAGGACAUAAGAAACAAUGCACAGUAAGGGAAGCUAAAAUCUUUAGGCAUCAUUUUCAGGAAGUGUAUAGGGAAACUGCAUGUCCCUUUUAAUGCAUUAUUUGCAUAAUGUUUUAAACAAAUGAUAGUCACUUUGAGCCUGGAGGGUCUCUUAAUUUUCCAUUGAUUGUAACGUCUAAAGGUAAGAACUUGCUCCAACACACAUUUGCUGCUAGUGAUGCUAUUCUUUCCCAUUUAGUAGUAGUAGUAGUAGUAGUAGUAAGCACUCUUCUUAGCUUGCUCUGGCAUAGCUGAGAUCAUUAUCAACAAUUAUUUUGUGCUACCACCGUGCUUCUUACUUUUUAUAUAUAAUAUAUCUAUAUCCCUCUCCCUCUCCCUCCUGUUGAGAAAUUGGAUUUUAGACAGAGCAAGUACACUCAAACCAGAGAACUCCUUUCAGGCAUCUCUGUGGUUCCCUUGCAUUCAGACACAGAUGUCCUUAAUUCUUUGCCUGUCAAGGUUUCCCUGAAGAAAUCUGUUUUAGAGCCAGUGAUCUAUAUAUUUAAGCUUGGACAUUCUGCCACUAGCAAUUGUUAUAUGCAGACAUGUGAAAACCUGGGCUGAUCUGAUUCACUGCCUCUUUAACAUUGCCAUAACUGUACUUGCCUAAACUAUUUUCUAUUUUCUUUUUAGUAUUAUGAGAUGUCUUACGGCCUGAAUAUUGAAAUGCACAAACAGGUGAGCAGCCAUUAAUCUUAAAUAAUAAAAGAUGUGAGCUUUUGUUUGUUACUUGCUGUUUAUUGCCAAUGUUCAGCAGCACUCGUUAAUAGCAUUAACGCCCAGUUAUAAGCAUUAUUGGAUAUAUUUAUUAACAUUACCUAUAGCAUAUAUUGUUUGUGUCUCCUUAAACUUAUAUUGGUUUUCCUACUUUUUGACAAAGGUAUCAGAAUUCCAUCUCAAAAUUCCAAUUUUUUCCAUCAGAUUCCUAGCGAAUCAAAAAGGGUUAAAGGUUGGACACCGUAGGUGGUUGUUCAGACAAAACUCAUUAGGGUGAUUUUUAACAUCAAUACAUCUCUGACCAGAACACCAUGAUAAAGAAUGAAAAUGUGAAACAACUAAGCUAGUUAACCCCAUCCUGUUAGGAAUCAUCCACAGAGAGGACUUUUAUCACCAUUAGGACAGAAUGGAACAUCCUAGCCAGACUGACAUAUGCUGUAUACAGCACUCAGUGUGAGUGCUGUAUGCUGCUCUUUAAAUGGGUAUUUAGAAGGUUGUAUGCUGUAAUAUAGCGAGAGCAGGUUUAAACCUGUGGAUAAGGUGAGAGUUAAUGCUGGAUUUUGAUUAAUGCGAUUUUGGAAUUAAGGUUAGGGUUGGGUUAAGGUAGGUAUAUGGUUAUUGUUGGUGUAAGCAUCAGGUAAGAGUUAUGGUUGGUAUAGCGGUAGGGAAAAGGCUUUUUCUCAAAGUUUUUCCCUCUCUAUCUCUCUCUCACGCUCCUUUAAAAAAAUAGGUAUAAAUGUAACUGGAAACCAGUGCCUGGUGAAGUUCCACUCCCUGGAUUCUACACCCCCUCUAAUGUCACUGGUGCCCUCUCAUGGUCCUGUCAAAUGUUUGAAGCAUUUGAUUGAACCGUUUCACCAGUUAAGAAUGCAUGCACCCACCUGGGAAAAGGGAGGGAGGGAGGUAGGGAUAUUGGGCAGCUUGGAACAGCGUCUUGGGUUGCUUAAGUAAUGUGUGCUGAAGUGCCACUAGCCCACAUAACUAAAGUGGAAAUAUCUCUGGAUAUGCAAUAUUUCAAGCUGAAACCCUGUACUUACAGAUUCCUACCACCGUGACAACUUCUAAAAGCAGAAGUUGUCAUGGUGGUUGGAGUAAGUCUACAAGGGGUUAAUUAACAGGCAACAGUACCUGUUCAACCCUCAUGGUCAAACUCUCUUCAUGGCUUGCUUAUACCUUUUAAUAUUUUCGCGGUUGGAAAAAACCAUACAGUCAAGCUAUCUAAAAACGUAAUUUGUAUCCUAUAACGUGUAUUUGAAAAGAACUAAUUCUUUGUCAAUCCAUCAUUUGUAAAAUAUUAGUUAGUUUAUACUGACACAUUUCAUGCAAGCUGCCUUAUAUCCCAUGAUCCAGAGUCUGGAGUUCCUGUUUAUUUUUAUCACUAUCCUACUGAGAUCUUGAUAAAAAGAAAACACGAAGAAACAUUGGUGUGUGUUAUUUUCUUGGUUCAGUGGUAUUUAUCAUAGAUUUGUGUAUAGGCAGAACAUGUUUCCAUAAUGCCAAUGUGUGAAGUACUGUCGACGUGCUGUUAGAAAGCUCUGAAAGAAGAGAACAAAAAGGCUGCACAGAUCCAUAGUUCUUUUAUUUUUCAUUUUAUUGAUCAUGAGAUCCAAACUUUUGAUGCAAUGAAUGGCACUUUUGCUAUGUGUUAAUACUGCCACAAACUAUUGAAUAGCAAGAUUUUUACAGAAAGAUAUACAACUUAACUUUUAUUGUUGCAUUUAAUUUAAAACAUUUUAUUUUAAAUAAUAGUUUAAAAAUAGUUUUUAAAAAGUUGUUUACAAAUCAACUUAUGGAGUUGGUGUGGAACCUUACUCUAAUCAGCCAUUCAUAGUAGACUAAAUGUCUGCAUAUUAUUGUACUUUAUGUCCUAAUACCCAAUUUCAAACUUAGUAUCAUUCAGAUCCCUUAAAGGAACACUAUAGUGUCAGGAAUACAAACGUUAGAAUGGAUGAUCUCAGCCAACCUAAUGCUUUAAGAAAAGAAAAAAAAGCAUUGGGAGUAGUGAUGUCCCGAACGGUUCGCCGCGGACUCGUCAUUGAGUAAACUUUGACCCUGUACCUCACAGUCAGCAGACACAUUCCAGCCAAUCAGCAGCAGACCCUCCCACCUCCUGGACAGCUCACUAAGAAUGCAGCUUCACAAUGGAUGCUGUCUGGGAGGGAGGGUCUGCUGCUGAUUGGCUGUAAUGUGUAUGCUGACUGUGAGGUACAGGGUCAAAGUUUACUCGAGUCCGCGGCGAACAGUCACUAAUUGGGAGGCUAUUUUGCGUGCGUGGCAAAACACAGCACGGCACCAAUCCGCGUCUCCUCAUAGAGAUGCAUUGACUCAAUGCAUCUCUAUGUGGAACGUUCUGCGUCUCCAUGUAAAGUGUAGAGACGCUAAACAUCAGUAUGGACAUUGUGCAGCACUGACCCAGGAAGCACCUCUAGAAGGCAGUCUGAAAUGGCAGUGUUUACAUUAAAAAGCCUUCAGGAACAUAUUAUAUACACCAGAACAACUAUAUUAAGCUGUAGUUGUUCUGGUGACUAUAGUGUCCUUCUAAACCAAGGGUUUACAUUAUCACCAGGCCACAUUGAGUGAGUAGGAAUUGUGUGCUGCACAUAAACCAUGAAUUGUUGGCUGCACAUAAACCAUGUACCGUAUAUACUAGAGUAUGUCGAGACCCCUAAUUUUACCCCAAUAAAAAUGGGAAAACUUAUUGACUCGAGUAUAAGACUAGGGUGGGAAAUGCAGCAGCUACUGGUAAAUUUCUAAAUAAAAUGAUAUCCCCCAAAAAUUAUAUUAAUUGAAUAUUUAUUUACAGUGUGUGUAUACAGUGAAUGCAGUGUGUGUAUAGUGUGUGUGUGUGUGUGUGUGUGUGUGUGGUGCAGAGCCUUGGUGGGGGGUGGGCAUUUUUUUUUUAAUUAUUAUUUUAAUAUUAUUUUUUUAAUAUAUAUUAUUAUUAUUAUUAUUAUUUUAAUAUUAUUUACAUUUUUAUUUAUUUUCGUCCCCCCUCCCUGCUUGUUAGCUGGCCAGGGAGGGGGGCUUUCACUCCCUGGUGGUCCAGUGGAUGGGCUGUGUAGGGGGGGGGCUGGCAGCGAGCUGUAACUUACCUUUCCUGCAGCUCCUGUCGGCUCCCUUCUCUCUCCUCCGGUCCGGUCAGCUCCCACUGCAAGUCUCGCGAUGUGACUGCCACGCGGAGCGUUGCCACUGUAACCCGUGGCAACGCUCUGACCCUGUGGCUCUCGCGAGACUUGCAGGGGAGCUGACCGGACCGAAGGAGAGAGAAGGGAGCUGACAGGAGCUGCAGAAAAGGUAACAGCUUGCUGCCAGCCCCCAACAGGACCGCCGGGGUUGUAAUGAGCCCGGCGGUCCUUGUCUGUAUUAUGGCAAUAUAAGUUGCCAUAAUACAGACACUCACUCGAGUAUAAGACGAGUGGGGGUUUUUCAGCACAAAAAAUGUGCUGAAAAACUCGUCUUAUACUUAAGUAUAUACAGUAAUAUUAAUUUAUGUAAUAAAACUUCAAAUGCCAUUUUCUUCUGAUAUUUUAUUUGUUUAGUAGAGAACUCCCUUAUUUGUUAUCCUAUGUGUAAUUGCCAUAUUUAAGGAUACCAAACUAGGGAUCUAUCUACUAAACAAUACACAUAACCAUAGAUAUAUACACACACAUACAAUCAGACCUGAACACAUAAUACACAAACACUAUCCCAGACCAACACACACGCACAAUUACAGACCUAUGCACAUAAUCACUGAUAUAAAUAUAAAAUCAAGGACACACAAUCACAGAUAAAUGCAGACAUACACAUAAUCACAGAGCCACACAUACAAUCGCAUAUACACGUCUUGGCCAAUCACACCUCUUCAUAGAGAAUCAAUGCAUCGCUGAGGAAAUUUCAGCGUCUCCUUGUACAGUGUAGAGACUCUGAACUGCCCCAGGAAGCACCUCCAUUGGCCACUGGAUUUGUCAUUAUGUGGCAAUGUAAACACUGCUAGUGUUUGCAUUAAAAUGCUUACAGUGAAUGAUUAUACUCACCAGAACUACAUUAAGCUGUGGUUGUUCUGGCGACUAUAGUGUCCCUUUAAUUUAUUUAUAUUGCACACCUGUUUUUAUUUGGGGGAAAUUAACAGACCACGUGUUUCACAUUACUGCAAACACCCCAUGUUUGUAUAAUGCUACUGUUCUUGAUUAGUGAUAUACCACACGUAUACCUAAAACAUCCCUAAAUCCUACCCCUCCUAAUCUAUUUUAUAAUCCCACCUCAGAGGGAUUCCCUUUGUUGGUGUCCGUACUGAUAUCAGCAGAGGCAUUUCCCAGCUCACGUAGUAAAGAGGGCUCUGAGAUUGCAGCAUGAGCGGGGAUCUUGGGGUCAUUUAAAAUCACCACUGCAGAGAGCGGUCACAAAUUAAUUCAAAGGUCUAUGUGCCAUUCUCACUUAGAGCUCUGCACAUAGCUCAUCUGUCCAACAGGGGCUACUGAUAUUGGCUCAUUUCACCUGGGUCUCUCCGGUAUCAGAAGGUGGCAUAUACUGUCAUGUGGUCCUUAAGUAGUUUUAAAAUUAACAUUAAUAGGGAUUCAAAGUUAAGUUGUGUGUUACAGUUUAGUAAUGGAUAACUAUAAGCAAAAAUCUUGAUGUGUUUAGCAGCUCAAAAACAACUAAUGUGCCUUCCCCUUCUUAAAAACUCACCAAGUAUGUAAUAAAUGUGAAUGGGUGGAGUGCUAUAAAAUUACAGUACAUAAAUGGAACUUUGUGCAUAAUGAUCAAAAAGAUAUGCAAACUUCUUCAUAAUCAUAAACGACAAUUAAAAGCAGCACACAAUUUUAGUAAAUUUAUACAACUAAUAAAACGUUAGUCUUGUAAAAAAAAAAAAAAAAAGACCUCAGAAUUGUAUUUAGCUUAAAGUAUUAGCUUGCAUAGUUUUGUUUUUUUGGUAUUUUAAUCUUUGCAAAACCACGUCCAGGAAGUCCCUCUAGUGGCCACUACUGGUGGUGUUAGAUGGCAAUAUAAUUACUGCGUUUUCUCAGAAAAAAGCAAUGUUUAUACUUCUGAGCCUGCAUUAAGUUGUAGUGGUUCUGGUACCUAGAGUGUUCCUCUAUUAUUUUAUAUUGUAUAAGUCCAUCCCAUUAAAUGACUUAAAUACUUGACUACCUUUAUUUACCUUGCUCUGCAAUGGUUUGUGGGAUAAGAUCAGACAUCACAGAGCAGAAUGAGAUACCCUUGAUUGAUAGAGCCUCUUCCAAGAGAUGGAGGGAUUUGCUGUCAAUAGAAAUAUUAAAAGGUAAUAUUUUUUUUUGCAAAUUUGUAAUUCAUUAUCUCUAUAUAAUACAUACGUGAUGGAGUGAUUUUUGACAGUACCUUCCAUUUAAUCAUGAGCGUAACAUCGGCACACUACAUUAUGAGGACCUGAAGCAUAUUUUGUUCACAAUGUUAAGUAAUAGCGUAAUGGAAAUUCCUUCACUCUGUCAGUUGUGUUGUUGAGUACAACUACAGCCCCCAAAACAAGCCAGCAGACAUGUUUUCCACUUUACAUUGAGAUGACUUAUACAAUUUUGCUACCAGGUGGCCAGUUAUUUGUUUAUUUGUUGCUUAACUGUAAGCUGGCUAUUUUUUAAUUUUCCUUUAAACAACGUCUUUCCUGUCUGCUAGGCCGAGAUUGUCAAACGGUUGAACGGAAUCUGUGCACAGGUGUUGCCUUAUCUCUCACAGGAGGUACGUUGCAUCUCUUGGAUGGAGUGGACAAAAAUUCUUUACAAACAUAUGUUGUUGCGUAACUUGCUUUUCCAGCCUGGUCUAAUUCGUUUCCCUUCCUGCCAUAAAGCAUCACAUUUUAUUUGAUCAGUAUAUUACACUCUUGUUGCAGCCCUAUUGCUUUCACAGACAUUCCACUCUGAAAUGCUCUUCCUUCCUGUACUUUGUGAGUCUGUCGAUGUGUGUGUGUGUGAAGGUUUAUCACAUCCCUCUUUCCUGUCUCUCAAUCACUGUUUAUAUUUUACUUAUCCAUUGUUUCAAUUCUCACAAGCUUAUAUAAUCCAGCAGGGCCACAUGUUUUAAUGUAAAUCAUGUGUUCAUGGGAGGCCCACAUUAGAGUGCAUUUGCAGCAUGUGAUGCCUGGUAAUACAUUUAGGUAUUUUGAGUUUGAAUGUGUUCCAUGAUUUUAGAACAUUGACCCAGAAACUGCUAUAGUCACAACUGUUUUUCUUUCACUGCAGUUCGGUGUUUAGUGAAUAAGCCUAUUUGUGUUUUGUAUGGCAUUGGGUUGAAUGCUAGCACAUAUCAGUUUUUAACUCCUAACUUCUCUUCCUAGCAUCAGCAACAAGUCCUGGGAGCCAUAGAGCGGGCAAAGCAAGUGACUGCUCCGGAGCUGAACUCAAUCAUCCGUGUACGUGAGAGUGCUAUAGGAUUGCUGUAUGGUUGAGCAAGGAGGAAGGAUUGGAACCCUGCUCUAGUGAGAGGAUCAGACUCCUACUUCCAUAUUUUUGUCAGCGUCACUGUAUCACUUCUAGGAGGUUUCUACUCUGUGUUUCUUUAGGGAUGGCAGGUGCUGACCCCAUAAUCUGUAGACCCCCCUUUGUCCUGGACACACCUAUUUUACCAUAAUUCUCUUCUGCCUGUUUUGACCUUUUUAAAGUUUCUCCCAGUCCAUGAUAUGUCACAGUGUUCCAUCUCAGGCCAUGCAGGAGCCACAAUCCUGUCUGACAUAUUUUUCCUUUUGUCUUCCUUCUCUUCCCCUUCUAUACAGCAGCAGCUUCAGGUGCACCAGCUCUCCCAGCUCCAGGCACUGGCCCUCCCUCUCACACCUCUGCCAGUAGGAUUGCAGGCACCCUCCUUACCAGUUAGUGCCGCCAGCGGCCUCCUCUCUCUGUCUGCGCUCGGUUCCCAAGGUCACCUCCCCAAGGAAGACAAGAAUGGCCACGAUGGUGAUCCUCGGCCUGAUGAUGAGGGAGACAAAUCAGAUUAAACAAGAAGGGAGGUUUGAUGGAUAAAGGUGCAGCGCAGCAGUAAAUAUAGCACAGCCAUGUGGUUUGGCAAAGUGCAGCGUUAUCCCAACAUGCACUGGAGGAGCCUCUGGUUGCCUAGGGGUUUGUGAAAGCAGGGAACUGGCAGCCAGGGGAUUAAUGCAUAUAUAACAUGAUAGUAUAUGUAUAUACAUAUAUAUGGAUAAUACUGCGAACUGUAUUGUAAAUCAGCUGAUUAUACUUUUACUGAAAGCACAAACCUCCCUGAUUUUAUAUAUAAUUUUCCCUUUCCAUCCUUAAUUUUGGAUAACCGUGUAUGUCAUAAUAGAGUAGUAGAGAAUAACACCUCCCUGAUCUUGUGUGAGAUUUGACAAAUAUUAACCCUUUCAUACUAGACUUGAGGGAACACAUUGCGUUGCAAUGCACAACAUACCUCUUUGCAGCUGAAAAGGUUAAGAGCACUUGUAUAGCUCACAUGCACGCUAAGCAGAUAUUUAGGUUCAGCUGAAAAGGCUGUUGUGGGUUUGAAAUGUUCAGUGUAUGUGAUUUAGAAUUCUAUAUUUUCUCGCUCUUUCUGCUGAUGUGAGUUACUUAAGUGUAAUGCUUGUGCACGGAGUGCAAAGAAUGUUUAUAAACAUGCCUUGCAUAAAGAUAAUGGGUCGUACAGAUAAAAAAUAAAAAAAUAAAAAGAUUUCGACUCUUGCUGCCAGAUGAAUGUUGCAGCUUGGUUAGCACCUGUAUUUACGAAGUAGCUCCUUUACAGUAGAGCGAUGGGAAGUAGAGACACACUUGUCUAACCAGAGAAGAUUUGUGGUUUUUAAAAAAACACAUAAAAAAAACCUCUUAUUUCAUCUCUUAAUCUCUCUGUAUCACAGCGCUGCACCUUUUAUCCUAAUACCUGGAGGCAGAGGGAAGGUGUUAAAUUGAUCUUGUCUCUCUAUCAAGUUACCCACUGGAGGGUUGGGGGUCAGCACCCUUUAAUAUAUCAAUAAGGUAGCUUGUCCAAGGCCAGGUGUGUGCUCUGUAUAUAGUCUGUAGAGAAGCUCAAAUCAUUCCCCUUUUCUUUCCCAGUUUUUUUGCUUAGUUUUUUCUUUUGGUCUGAUUUAAUGACCCCGUUGAUAUUCUGUGUGGAGGGUGUGACCGUGCCUUUUUCAAUAAAUUGUUACAAUGCCUGCUAAUAAUCAAU